AGCCGGUACAGAAGAGGCUGGCGCUGGAGAUCUCUUCUUCCUCGGCUUCUCUUGACAGCCGUGGCUGGUGUAGAAGGAGCUUCCUCCGGUCUGGGGAUUGAUGCCCGGGGACUUUCUCCAUAGCAGCAGGAGGAAGAAGAAGGGCGCAGAAGACAGACCUGAGGACACCGCUUGCUGGAUCGUUCCCCCUGCCUGGGGUUUCCAGCGCAUCUCAUCCCUCGGGGAGGCUCCUGACUGCCAGGACCCGUCUGGCUGCAAUGAGGAUGCUGUGUCUUCCUGGGAUAACUUUUUUCACUUUGCCUUUUGUCAUUCAGGCGGGCACAGCAGGCCCCAAGAGGAAAGGAGCAGGUACCUGGUGCUACGAUUCACAAGAUCCUAAGUGUGGUCCUUUGCACUGGAAGGACAUCAUGAUAACCUGUGGGGGAGAGAACCAGUCGCCCAUUAACAUUGACAGGAGGAAAACUCAACGAGACAGGAACCUCGACGAGAUCUUGUUUGAAGGCUACGACCAGGCGCCUCCUGGCAGGUGGAGACUGAUAAACGAUGGGCACUCAGUUGUCAUGAACCUAGAUGGAGCAUCUACUGCAGAUCAAAUUAACAUCACCAAAGGAGGACUUCAGGACACGUACCGGGCCUUGAGUUUCCACUUCCACUGGGGGGAUCUCAGUCGAAAUGGCUCAGAGCACACCGUUGAUGGUCAGCAGUACCCAAUGGAGCUCCACAUUGUUCACAUGAACACCAAGUACAAAACCAUCACAGAAGCCAAAGGGCACCCCAACGGACUUGCUGUCUUGAGCUUCUUGUUUAAGGUUUCUGAUGCAGACAAUACCAAUUACAACACCAUCGUCACUGGCCUGAGGAAUAUCACUCGUGCAGAGGAUUAUGUCGAGUUGGCCUCCACGUUUUCUCUGAGCAACCUCCUCCCCAACAUGGCCUUACUCUCCAAAUAUUAUCGCUACAAGGGCUCCCUCACCACCCCAAACUGCGAAGAAGUGGUGCAAUGGACUGUGUUCGAAGAGAACAUCCCAAUCAGCAAGCCACAGCUGAAUGCAUUUGUCAACACCCUUUACUACAAAAGCGCUGGAACGACUUCCCUGAAAAUGACCAACAACUUCCGCCCACUGCAGCCUCUUCAUGGUCGCAAAGUCUACGCUUCCAGAGAUGCCACCGUUAGCCAUGGCUCCCUGCUGGCUGUCAAUCAUCUCUUCCCUCUGCUUUUGGCUGUUUUGAUUGGCCAGCUUUCUGGCCCCUCCUAGGUGUCUCUAUCGAGUUCAAUAAUUAUGAUGGGUGAUGGAUUCGUGGCAUCUUCAUAUCCAUGCAUCUUCACUGUGAUCCUUUUCUAGCCACUGAUCUGAACGCUGAAUGAGUUGGAACAAAACUGGCAAAGAGAAAAGAACGCAAUAUCUGACGAUUGUAUUUUGCUUAUUUUUUGGGGGAAAGGUGCUUUCAUUCUGUUAACAGACUGGCUCAAAAUCCCGAGGAG